UGAAUAUAUUCCCCCGCCUACAAAGCCUCCUGACUCCUUGUCUAUCAUCCACAGUAUACAACUCGCACAAAAGAUGCCAUACCUGAUCCAGCCACCAGCGCACUCCAUCGACACGUGCAAUCAGCCCCUUACCUAUACGCUUGCUGAUCCCACCCCUUCCGAGCUCUCUAAAAUCAAGGACCUUCAGAACUGGGGCUGGCAAGUCUCUUUGCACUCUCGAGAUGAUGAAAAGUAUCUUGCCGCUACAGAGAGAAUGGAGAAAGCGAUAAAGAAGAGACGGCGCAGGACCCAGAUGGUAUACGGCGAUAUGAUGGGCGAUGGGCCAAGGCCGACUUUUGAGGAAGUUUGGGAGCAGGAAUCGAUUAAAAGGUCAACGCGGGGACUAUAUGAGACGGAGGCAAAUGAGAUGGAUAUUAGUGAUCAAGCGAGCAUAAUGUCUCACAUGACACGACAGAAAGUUUGGUUGCAUUGGGCUGAUGAAGAAGCUGAGUGGGAAGCAGAGAAAUUCAACGUAAGAAAACCCCAAGAAGAGAGCUUUUGAGAGAGUGGCAUAGAUAUACGACUGAUAGGCCCAGACAGGACAUUCAAGUCGUCAGUGAGC